UGAAAUCGACUCAUCCCGCCCUCUAAACUGACGUACAAGGAGCCGCCUUGGAAGUCGGGCUCUCAAAGCGCGCAUCGGUACAACCCAUUCACAUCAGUAGCUCCACGUUCAGACUCUCGCUUGCACACUCUCCGUCCGCUACAUCUUAUCUGAAGUUUGUAUCUUGAAGCAACAAGAUGUUGGUGCUCCUGGGAUUUAUUCUCAUCUUUCACAUAGCAACAGCAGCACUGCUGUUCAUUGCCACGAUAGAUAAUGCCUGGUGGCAAAAUGACGUCAGCAGCACUGAUAUAUGGCAAACGUGCUACAACAAUGGUUCCACAUGCCAUAACGAUAAUAUUAUUGGUUAUGGAGAGUGCAUCAAGGCAAUACAGGCGACAAUGUGUCUGUCGGUGAUCUUCUGCUGUAUUUCAUUCGUUGUCUUUGUUGUUCAACUGUUCCGGCUGCAGAAGGGUCAGCGAUUUUACAUUGCUGGAACCCUGCAACUACUUUCAAGUCUCUGUGUAAUGAUUGCAGCUUCCAUCUACACAGACCGGCAGCAAAGCUUCCAUAAAUAUUUGCAUGAAGGACAGUAUGGAUAUGCCUUUAUUCUAGCCUGGAUCGCAUUUGCUUUCACUUUUAUUAGUGGUGUAAUGUACAUUGUUUUACGGAAACGCAAAUAGAGGCUUGGAUUGACCUAACCCCUCACAUACCACUGCAGAGACGUUCUGUUUCUGAGUCAAUUUCAUCAAGAUCUCCUGCAAAUAAUCCUUUUGUACAGUAAUUUUCAAAUCAAGCAAAAAUACAAUAGCUAAUUUUGCAACUGUUUUGAAGCCUUUUUAGCAGUUACAAAUUCUUUAAAGGUCAGAUUGGCAGUUUUAAGAAGAAAUAAACAUCAUUCUUUGGUUUAUGUUAAGGUAAAUUUAAAAGUUUCACAGUGGCAGACACCUAUUAUUUUACUGCCAGUCAAUAUGAAAUGUUCACACUCACAGGAGGUGGUUUAAAUAUUUCAACCUUCAAGAAAAUGAGCUCCAUGUUGUUCACGAGAUACUUUUUUAAAAAAACUAGUGGCCUUAUGCUCAUGUUUCUCAAAUUUGGCUUUCUUUAGGUAAACAUAUUUAAUUUCCCUAAAGCAUCAUUUUACUGGACAUACAGAUUCUAAAAGCUAUAUAUCAGUCAUUUAGGAUAAAAUACCAUGAAAAGUUGGAAGGCUAUAGUAACAGAAAUGCUUAGUGAAGUACAUUAUAUUUGUCUAUAGCAGAAAAUGAUGUACAGGUGACCAUGCAAUAUUGAUGAAGGGUGGAGAAUUAAUUCUUUGAAAAGUCCCCAUCACCGUUUUCCACAAGUCAUUGCAUCUGAAUCAGGUUUAUUAUCACCAACACAUGUCAUUAGAUUUGUUGGGUUUGCAGCAGCAGUCAUAAAAAAUUACUGCAAGUUACUACAAUAAAUAAUGCAUCAGAUGAAUAAUAAUAUUCAUGGGCCAUUCAUCGGUGCAUUGAGAAACACAAUCUGAAAAAAAUACAUUUUGUUUCAUGUAUUUACUUUUUCACAAAUUCUGCUUAGAGCAAAUUUUCACACCUCAGAUUUUGGGGUAGUGGUUUGUAACUUCUGAAGGGCAAAUUUUCAUUACCCAAAUUGUCAUCACAUGGGAGAUGCCUCUAUAUAUUGUCAGAGAGAACAGGUUAUAGGUAAAAUAACUGGAGGAAUGGGACUGAUGGGAAUGGUCUGAGAGCAAGCAUGGAUUUGAUAGCUUAAUAGCUGCCUCCUAUGUCAUAAUAUCAAAAAUAAGCAAAUAGAAUUAAUAGUGGUCUGGCAGACAAUCACAAUGUAUAAGAUCAUCCUUUGAAAUUAUGUUUUUUAAGCUGGUGAAUGGAAAAGUGUAAUGUAAAUGCUUAGAAUUGAUGGUCCUUGACCUUGGAAAAAGAAUAAAUUUGAUGUCUGGGCUUAUUUGUAUAUUUUAUUUAUUAGUAUAAUAUAAACCAUCUUGUGAAGUGUAAACGACUUUCCUGAAACACUGCAAAAUUGCUUCCAAGUGAAGUAGUAGUGGAGUAUUUCUGAUUUUAGUAUUUGUUUUGGCUUAAUAGAAGAAGGUAAAGCAAAGUUGAAUUGGAAUUCCUUAUUUAUAAUUCUACUCAUCUGAGAUUCAUGGUACCAGAGUGAUUUUAAUGUUCAUUUCUGAUUCCACAAAAAUGAAAACUAGGCUUUUCAUGUGUAGAUCUCUUUUGUGCUUGGGAGGAAUUGUUUUAUGUAUUCAGCCACUAACAAACUUGCCUCUUGCAGCUCAGAAUUCUCAGUUAUACACUCAUUGGCUAUUUUAUUACCUAAUAAAGUGGCCAUUGUGUGUGUUUGUGGUCUUCUCUUGCUCUGUCCCAUCCACUUCAUAAUUUGACAUGUUAUACAUUCAGAGAAGCUCUUCUGCACACCACUGUUGUAAGGCAUGGUUAUUCGAGUUACUGUCACCUUCCUGACAGCUUGAACGAAUCUGGCCAUUCUCCUCUGAUCUCUCUCAUUGACAAGGGUUUUUUGCACACAGAACAGCCGUUUCUCUGGAUUUUUUUUUCUUCCGUUUUUUGCACCAUUCUCUGUAAACUCUAGAGACUGUUGUGUGAAAAUCCCAGAUCAGCAGCUUCUGAGAUGCUCAUCCACCCCAUCUGGGACCAAAAAUCAAUCCAUGGUCAAAGUCAUUUAGAUCAUAUUUCUUUCCUAUUCUGACCAACAACUGAACUUUGUGACCAUGUCUACAAGCUUUUAUGCAUUGAGUUGUUGCCUUGCGAUUGGCUGAUUAGAUAUUUGCUUUAACAAACAAAUGUACAGGUACACCUAAUUUGGUGGCGACUGAUUGUAGCUUUUUUGCCCCUAGAUAUCCCAAGAGUAAUUAUUAAACUUUUGCAUUUCAAUAAUUGGACACUGAAUCAAUUUACUGUGAUGACUCCCUCUCUAUAAAACGCUGACCUGAGCACAGCCAACAGAAUUUUCCCCUCAUUAUUUAGCUAAAUCAUGCAAGAGGUUUUCUCAGAAACUAAAUAAGAAACCCUUGACAGAGUCUUGACCAUCUUGACAUUAGUGGAAACAAAAUACUGCUGUAAAUAAAUACUUGAAUUCAGCAUUAGUAUGUUGGUGCUGCUUGUUUUCUUCCUGAUUAGCUGGACUGCAAUGAUUGCAGAGGCUUUAAAACCCAAACAUCAGAUAGAAUUUGUUGCACAGUUGCUUUUUGCUCUCAGCAUUUUCCAUUCCUGCACUUAUUUUUUAUAAUCAGAAAAUUAGGAUCAACAUAAAUAGAAAAUAAUAUAAUUGCACUGAAACUUUGCAUUCAACAUCCUGGCAAAGGAAUAUCUCAUCUCUCAAUGUACCGCCAUUCCAGAGAACUGAACAUUACUUCAAAAAAAUCAGUUUUAACUGACAUAGAAAUUGUAACUCAGUGUAGGAAAUGCCACUACAGAUCCACUUCCAGAAUAAUGACCAUCAAUACAACAGUUGUGACACAUUUUUAUAUAACUUUUAGUGGCAGAAUUAACAUAAUGUCAAGUAACCAGUUAAUAGUUUUCUUUUUUCAAAUAUUUUACUCAAUGUAAUACCUAAAAGGCUGGGAUUUUUAAAAAUUGCCGGUUUAGCUAUGUUUAUAGCUUAGUGAGCAAACCUUUCCUUUUAUAAAAAAAUGUUAGGUGUACAUCUUUUUUAAUAACUCAUUGUCAGUCAAUGGAAACAGUAAAAGUUGGCAAUUUGUUAACUGCAACUGCACAUGUUCAUGGAAGAGACAGAGGGACCAUGGUUUCCAUAGUGAGGAUCACAAUUUGAUUUUUACAAGUGGAUUCCAUUGCAUAACCAAUGAGGUAAUAAAGGAGAUUUUUAAAAAUAUAUUAGUCAGUCCUAAAUAAAAUUAUGACAGCAUAUAAACCAAAUUAUUUUUUUGAAGAUCCACUUAAAAGUCAUUCAAGUGGUGUUGGAGUAACCACUAGUUCCAAAAUUGGUGUUUUCUUUACCACAAUAUAUUAAGGUCUUAUUUUUGUAAUAUAUUUAUUGCAUGCUAAUUUUUUAUCAAUGCUUUUUACUCUAGUGAUAACGUGCAGUGAUACAAGCUAAUACUCACGCCCAAUAUAAAUUUGCAUUUAUACCUUGUGCAUAAUAAAUAUGGAUUUUCUCAUGCAAUGUCACAGAUAACAAUUUAACCUAUAUUUUUUGCUGAAAUUACUAUAGGAUAAAAAUCACUGAAAAGAUCAGAAGGGGUAGGACAGUUUCUAGAUACACUGUAUUGCGUGUAUCGUGAAAGACUUGGAUGCAUUUUGAUCUGCUGGCUGUUGAUCCUAAGUCAAUUUACUUUUGAAUCCAUUAACUUCUGUCAUUGAGUGAUAUAGCUUAUGACAUGAACUAGAUUUCAGAAUUAAGUUCACAAUUCAUGAAUUUUAGCACGUUUGAUUUUGCAUUGUUAAGUACUUUAUAAUAGUUGACAAAUAAUCUAGAAUUAAUUUCAGACAAAAGCAAGCAAGUUUUUAAAACUGAAAAACACAAUUAUGGAUGUAGAUCCUAUAUUUUAAAUAAAACAUUUACGACUGAGAUCUUGUAUAUAGUCCAACAUUUUAUACAUGGUAAACAUGGAUCUGAUGGAUUAAGUAAGCCAUAAACAGUCAGAUUAUUAAACAUGCUUCACUUACUUAUUUCUUCCUUUGGAUCUAAUUUACCAUAUUAAUUAGUUUUCAAAGAGACUUUUUAGAAAAUAUUUUCUUCCUCCAAUUUUUAAAAAAAUUAACAGGUUGCGUGUCUUAAUAGUAGUGUGAUUGUUUUUAACGUAGCAUUUUUGUUUAGUUAUUUUACCGUGAUUCUACAAUGAUGUAAUAUAGACUCUGGUAAAGAAAUCUGAAAUAUAAGGAAUGAUUGACAAUUAUCUGUAUUUUGUAUGUGUAAUAAAGUACUGCCUA